AUGGCCAACGAGAUUCACAUUCGAACUUUCCUUGGACCACAAGAAUCAAGUAAGCUGAGCGUUUUCGAAACUGCGCUGUCAAUUCCAAGAUUUGCGAGAUUUUGUGUUCUACAGUCGGAUGAAACGUUUCUCAUGCCGUCAUCAUAUGUCGAAGUCGUCAUUAAGAUUCGAAAUCAGAGAAUUCUCGACUGGGUGAUGGACACAUUUCUGAUCGACAUCGACUUCCCAAUGGAUCCUGAAGAGGACAAAAUGGAGAUUCCGUUUUCUUGGCCUAGCAUCGAAGCGGGACCAAAAAGUGAUCUGGAAGGUACAGUGAUCUAUCACGAUUGCAUGGAAACCGCUGGCAAUAUCAUACAAUCACUUUGUGAUUAUUUCGUAAUCGAUUCACUAGAGGCCCAUGCCGAAUUUCCAGAAAAAUUCGCCGAAGUCGAGGAAAUCUGCAAUGAGCUCGAUUCUAUGUAUGACGUACGGGAUCGCUUGACAACAGACCUCACCGAAAAGCAAAGCAUGCUGAUGGAGGUGGUCGUCAGAGCGGAAGACGCGAUUGUCAUCGACGAUCUGGAUCUCGUCCGCAAGUACUACACACGACUUCGCAACAUGGACCGCAGCGUUCGACAAGCAUUCCAUCUUCGAGCGAACAACCAUGAGAGAUUUGUUGAAGCACUUCGACGGCUACAUAAGAUCAUUGAACAGGCCGCCAAACUUACGAUG